AUGGUUCGAAAGUUUUCACCUGAGGACAUUAUAUCGCAAAACUUGGUAAAAUCCUCUGUGCAGAGGAAUCUUAAGCUUAAUAUUGUGAAGCAAUAUCCCAUUUUAAAGGACACUAUUGACGCGAUUUUUCCAAAAAAGAGCCAAGUUUACACUGCGAAAUGCCAAGAGCACAUUACUUUGAUCAUUGUCUGUGGUGAAAUUGUCUUUUUCCAGCAGAGGGAUGGGCCCUGGAUCCCCUCACUUCGACUAAUACACAAGUAUCCACCAUUGCUUCCAAAAAUGCAAAUCGAUAGUGGCGCCAUUAAAUUCAUCUUGAGGGGUUCAAAUAUUAUGUGCCCUGGACUGACAUCUCCAGAUGGAUACAUGGACGAAGUGGAGGCAAAUACAGUUGUGCAAAUCACUGCCAAUGGAAGGGUCCAUGCAUGCGCUAUUGGUAUAACUGCAAUGUCUACUCAGGAAAUACGAGACAAGAAUAGGGACGUUGGAGUCGAGACGCUUCACCAUCUAAACGACGGCAUAUGGCACUAUGACGCCAGUAAAUUGUAGACAAUAACCAAGUAACAUAAAUCUAGUACAAGUUAAAAUGUGUGAUACUG